GCUCCAAGUAGGGGUGGGACCCAGCAGCCAGGUGGUCUGCGUCUUCCGGGGAGAAACAUGGUGGCGUCCUUGCUGCUGGUGGUGGCUCCGCGGUGGCCUGCGUCCCGGGGCCUGCUUCGACACUGUUUGGAGUUGCUGCAGCGGAAAUUCCAGCAAAACUGGCCAGGCCUUUCCAGUCCUCCAUGGGCACCAGCGCUAGUGGUCCACGGUCCAGUGAUCUUUACAGAGCCAGCAAAUGAUACCAGUGGAAGUCAGGAGAAUUCCAGCCUCUUAGAUGGUAUCUUUUGGAUGGCAGCUCCCAAAAACAGACGCAGUAUUGAAGUUAACCGGUGUAGAAGAAGAAACCCUUGGAAUCUCAUUAAAGUUAAGAACAAUAUCGAUGUUUGUCCUGAAUGCGGUCACCUAAAAUUGAAGCAUGUCCUUUGUGCCUUUUGCUAUGAGAAGGUGCGCAAGGAGACUGCAGAAAUCAGACGACAGAUAGGGAAACAAGAAGGGGGCCCUUUUAAAGCUCCCUCUACAGAGACUGUGGUCUUAUACAUGGGAGAGACCCCAGCCCCAGAAGAUCAGGGAAAGAGGAUCAUUGAACGAGUCAGGAAGCGGCCAUCCUGGUUCACCCAGAACUGACAGCAAAGAUGUUUAAUGAAAACAUUUCUCCUUAAACAGAAGAAGAAGAAUCUUUGUUUUUUAUGUUAUUGUGCUUGUUUUUAAGUCAUCAACGUAAAAUAUAAUUUAUAUGUGAGAAUUUGAAGAAUAUAUGAGUAAACUCUUAAA